AUGCAUCGUUUCAUCUCUCUUUACCUAAUUUCANAACCUCAGUUAACUAAUCAACAGCAGACUUACAUGCAACACCAACAGGUAGAUGUGAGAUUUGACGGAAUUGGCUGCGAUCAUUUUGUUGAUUUUAACAUUAAUUCUCUUGUUUUCCUUCAGCAAUCAUUGGUUUCUCAGCAGCCAAUUUUUGGUAUGGGUGGAGCUCAGCCACGCAGUCCAGCUAUUGGACAACUCUCUCAAGCAAUGACCCCCGGAGGUCCGCCGUCGGUGGGUGGUCCUCCGUCAAAUAACCCGCAAACGCCGUUGAUGAAUCCGUCGUCGGUGAAUCCGUCUUCGCAGCAGGCGAUACCCACACCGGCAACACCUCAACAAGCACCUUCUUCAGUACAUUCAACGUCCACCGUUCAAGAUGGCGGCAUAUCGGCCACAUCAAGCAAUAUUCCACCGGAUCCAACAACGAUAGCUCGAAACUUGAUCAUGAAAGACUUACGACACGCCAUCUUCGAUUUGAGUCGUUCUGCAGCAGAAAUUGUACGACCAAGUGCGUCACGUCAACAACUAGAUGCUUCAGUGGCGUCGCAUAAUCCGCUCUCGGUGAAUCCGCAGUCAGUGAAUCCAUUGUCCGUAAAUCCGAGUUCCGUGAAGUCGGUAGAUGAGCCGAAAUCUGUGGAUUCUUCAGAGCGAAAGGCCGUACUGACACCGAGAGAAUCUUAUAAUGCGGCCAUGAACAAUUUUUUGGCUGUAUGCGAUCAAAUUGAAAUCAAUUUGUUGUUAAUAUCGGAAGCACAAAAGCAAUGUGCACGUUUCGAUAAGAUGUUUACGGGUGAGCUGAAGUCCGUAGGGGACAUGGCCAAUGCGAACUACUCGCAGUAUGCAGUCGGCUAUUUAGAGUCAACGAAUCGUGUUCGGAACGCAAUCAAUCGAACGUUACAUUCAGUGAAUACCCAAAUACAGAAAGUUCGUACGGCGCAAGCACUUAAUGCUGCGUCAAAUAGUCGAAGCGCAGUGGAUGACGAAAAAAUGGAAACGGAAGGCGUCGAUUCAGAAGCAAUUGGUCAACAAUCGCUUGGUAGUUCGAUUUACUGA